GCGGCGGCGAUGGUGGCGCUUCCAAGUUCCUUGCCAACCUCCCUCUCGCGGCAACUUCUCCUCGACCGUUCUCUCCUCUUGCUUGGGAGGGGCACGUGUUUACAUUUGUCAUCGUGAUACAUCACCACCAGAUAACCAGGUUAUAAGAACAAACCAGACGAAUAUACUGAUCAGAUCUCUUAUGCUUAUGAAACAAAAGGGUGAUUCGGGUUCAAGAGAUGGGAAAGGAGCUGGUUCAAGCCAGGGCUCAAGGAAAAGGGCUGCUGAGAAAUCUUUGGAUGGUAAAGCUGCUGGAAAAAAAGCAAUGUCUAGCACUCAGCAUGGUUCUUCUCAAGAACUGCAGAGCUUGACAGUAGAUAAGCUCCGUGCUCUGCUUAGAGAUAAAGGCCUUUCAGCGACAGGGAGAAAGGACGAGUUGAUUGCUCGCUUAAGAGGUCAAAGAGCUGACAAUCCUUCAAAUAUUUGGUCAUAUUUGUUAUAAUUAUAUACUAUUACCCCAAAUAAAUGCUUUCUUAAUGUAAAUGUUCUAUUUCGAAAACGCGAUUAUUGAAUCAAGAAAAUAU